CUGCCAUUUAGAAAAAAAAGGAGUGAACAUGGUGUCUGAUUUGCAUUUAAAAUUCAGGCACUAGAAAGUCCUGCUGCACUUUACAGUUUUCUAGUAGUUUGGGGUUAGGUUGGGAAUUGGGACACAGCCUAAAAGUCUUUUUUUUGUUUUGUUUUUAAACUCACCUGGAAGUUUAGACAGGCCUGAUGUUCAUUUCUCAGCGACAAAGUUUCAGUCAUGAUGGUUGUCUUUUAUGAUGUCAAUUUGCUUCUCUUACUGAUGAAGCGCCACUCAAUAAAAAAAGGUUUUUCUUUUCUUUAAAAGAAUCUUUAAAAAAGAUAUAAAAACCCACAAUGAUUUAUUGAACUAUGAUGGCCUAGAUUGACUAAAAAUCUUAAAAACUCGCUCCUUGCUUCCUUGAAUAAUAAAAGCAAGUCAGAACAGUUAAAUUGUAACCACAUGUAAGCUCAGAGGAUGGUAAUUGGUGGUUUUUUUUUAAGAAUAAUUACCAGACCAGUUAAUGUAAACAUCCGUUUUCCAUGAAAUCUUGGGAAUGGUGGACUGUGAGCCUCAUGUCUGAAGUCUCAAAAGCCCUCAAGGUCUUCUGAAUUCUCAUGUAAAAAAGAAUAUAAAUACUGAAUAUUGUAAAAGUCUGACAACCACAAGAAAGAAAAAAUAUUUUCUGCAUCACAAUGCAGUUUAUUGCUGUAGUUUUUUUUUUUACUGUUUAGAAAUCGUGUAUCUUUUUAGGAAGUUUUGUAAAGUAUAAAACAUGCUUUUGUGGUUUUGAUGGCUCUAUACUCAACAUUUCAUAAAAAAUAUAAAGAACCAUUUCUAAUUCCAAAAACAAGUUUUCCCUCACCUCUUUCUGGAGUCAUCUAUAAUUUCUUCAAAAAUGUCUUCUUUUUAAAAGAUUCUUGGCAGCCUAGCUCUGUGGCUUCUGCAAAUAACCCCCAUCUUCCUCCUUCAGUUUAUGGUCAUCCCCCACCCCUUCCAGCCAGACUAUACACCAUUUUCUUGGUUUGGAGCGUCUUGCACACACGUGUGUGUGUGAGAACGUAUGUGAGGAACUGAAGGAGGAGUCUGAUGCAGAGUUUACCUGAAUAAUACCGUCUUUGUGUGUUUCUGCUUUAUAAAGUACCCCUCGUGUGCUUUUUGCCCUUUUAUAUCCUAACCCUUGUGCGCACACGGACACUGCUUUUCCUUCUUUGACCACAUCCAACUUUGCAAUGGGGGCAAAGAUGAGAGUUUUGCUGCUACUCUUGGGAACAACUGCUUGUGUGUCGUUUGCGCAAACUCACAACAAUGGCAAGCAGCAGCCACGCAGCCUCUGGGACGAGCCCAUCCGAUUCAGCACCAAGGCUAAAGACUCGUGCACCAUGGUUGCAUCUGGAGCAGGGAACUACACUCGCCUGCGCGUGUCGUGCAGAAACCCAACCCAGGCGACAGGACGCUCGUACUACUGUGACUUCCAAGGCAAACCCAGCCUGUGCCGUGCCUACAACGCCAACCCUCGCCAUUACUUCACCCAGAUGAUGUGGGAGCUGAGGAAGAUGAAGAACGCCUGCCAGGGACCCAAAAUCUACCGCCAGCAUAUGUGCAGGAAGUACCCAGAUGAGGCUCAGAUGACCUUCUUGACUUCCUGGCCCAAGACUAGCCUCUCCAAGCAGGCAAAGCCAGUUCAGGACCUGCCAGCUCAGACAAAACCCAUCGAUACUCCAAAACCCAUGAGGCCGGUUAAACCCAAACCAGGCAAGGCCCCUCAGAACAAAAGAACCACCCCUAAAACUGUCAUGACCACCACUUUGGCCACAGAGCAGCCAGACUCCGCAGGAUCCCACCUUGCCUCUGAGUACUGCUGGAAGAGCCUCCAAGGAGUCUGCGCCUACUUCUUCAACUUGUUCCACAGCUAAGACUGUUCUGCAGAAGCAUCCAGGCCGGACUGAUCAACUAUCCACUCUUCUAUCUGACUUCUCCUGUUCUGUGUGAGGACAUAACUCCUGCAUAAUAAAUCACAGAAAACAUUGCAUUUUUUUCUUUUAAAAGCCAUAUUUGAUGUCUCAUAUGAAUUCAAAUGACAUGUAUUUUCAAACAAACUAAGAUAAUAAAGUCAUGAUCUUCUUU